GGCCAGCGGCCCCACAAUGCCAGGCGGGGGAGCCCCUCUCUCAGCUACACACCACAGCAUCACCGCCGCCUCGCCUCACUGAAAAGGACAGAGAGGAGAGAAAUGCAAAGGGAUGUAAGAUGGCAGAGCUACAAAUGCUAUUAGAGGAGGAAAUCCCUGCCGGUAAAAGAGCUCUUGUGGAAAGCUAUCAGAACCUGUCCCGAGUUGCGGAAUACUGUGAAAACAAUUAUGUUCAGGCUCAAGACAAGAAGAAGGCCCUGGAGGAAACCAAGGCCUACACCACCCAGUCUCUGGCCAGCGUGGCCUACCAGAUCAAUGCCUUAGCUAACAAUGUGCUGCAGCUGCUGGACAUCCAGGCCUCGCAACUACGACGCAUGGAGUCCUCCAUCAACCACAUCUCCCAGACAGUGGAUAUCCACAAGGAGAAGGUGGCACGUCGAGAGAUUGGCAUCCUGACCACAAAUAAGAACACUGCUCGCACCCACAAGAUCAUCGCCCCGGGCAACAUGGAGCGGCCGGUGCGCUACAUUCGAAAGCCCAUCGACUACACACUGCUGGAUGAUGUGGGACACGGUGUCAAAUGGCUUAAGGCCAAGCAACAUGGGAACAAUGCGGCAGGGCGAGGAGGGACACUUUCCAGGACCACCCCACCUACACAGAAACCCCCGAGCCCCCCCAUGGCUGGUCGUGGUACCCUGGGGCGUAACACUCCCUACAAGACCCUGGAGCCAGUGAAGCCUCCGGUGGUGCCCAAUGACUACAUGACGAGCCCGGCCCGACUGGGCAGCCAGCAAAGCCCUGCACGCACAGCCUCUCUCAACCAGAGGCCCAGGACACACAGUGGCAGCAGUGGGGGUAGUGGCGGCAGGGAGAACAGUGGAGGCAGCGGAGUUGGUAUGCCUCUAGCAGUUCCCACCCCCUCCCCUCCCAGUAUGGGACAAGUGGCGACAUCCUCUGCCUCAGUGCCCCAGGGCCCCGGCUUGGGUCCCAUACCCAUGUCCCAGUUUGGCACCAUCUCCCGCCAGAUCUCCCGUCACAACUCCUCCACCACCUCCUCGGCCUCCAUGGUGUCGGCCACCGGCACCUACCGCCGCGCACCCUCAGUCUCCUCCCAGCAGCCACACAUCAACGGGGGCCCCGCCUACCCACAGAACUCAGUGUCUGUGGCUCCUCCGCCUCCUCCUCCAAUGGUCCAGCUGACCCCACAGAUCCCUCUGACCGGCUUUGUGGCCAGAAUGCAGGAGAGCAUAACAGACAGCCCCGCCCCGCCUCCUCCGCCUCCCCCAGAGGACAUGGGUGUGUUUGAGGAGCCCUCUCCCCCUCCUCCUCCCCCACCUGUGGACUAUGAGGAAGAGGAGGCCGCAGUGGUUCAUUACAGCGAUCCCUACGCUGACGGCGACCCCCACUGGGCCCCUAAGAUUUACUUAGAGAAAGUUGUGGCCAUCUAUGACUACAGCAAAGACAAGGAGGAUGAGCUGUCCUUCAUGGAAGGAGCCAUCAUCUACAUAAUCAAGAAAAAUGACGACGGCUGGUUCGAAGGUGUCUGUAACGGCGUCACCGGACUCUUUCCAGGAAACUACGUUGAGUCGAUCAUGCACUAUGCUGACUAAAAAUCUAAAAAAAAAACACCCAAAAUGGCACAGCAGUUUUUAACAGAGGUAAACCGUGAAGAUGUACAGACAUAUGCAGUCCAGUGGCUGCAGUUCAUACAGCUCCCAUUUUGAAUGAAGUGCCAUGGUGGAUUUUCAAAUGGUUUUCUGUUGGGGUAAGGAGGGGUAGGG